AAAAAAAGCUCUGUUUUAUGAGCUCGUGAUGUCACUGUGGCUUGCAGCACACUUUUUAAGCGCACACCAAAAGUUCAAUUUCGGGCCAGCUAUUCCAGUGGGGUUCAAGAAGUUGAAGGCCAUAACAAAAACACCUUGUUUUUUUCUCUCUCCUUCUUUCUUUUUCUCUCUGCCUCUCUCUCUCUCUCUCUCUCUCUCUUCUAAAGACAAUAUAUGCAAAAGAGAAAAAGGAUAUGUCUAUCCAGUUGAGAGAGCCUUUACGUUCACUGCGACAAAUAGGCAUUAAGCCCUGGCCUUUUUUCAGUCAUUACCGACAACACUGGCAACCACCUAGAUCGUUUGUCCAGGGCAAUACUACAUCACACGCACACAAGUGGCCUUUGAUCGUACCUUUAUUUACUCGACGAUCUUACACAGCAUCUGCAACUACAGUACGAUCCAUUUUGCCCGAGGAACACGACGUUGGAUCUUCCAAAUCGUGCGAUUUGGUAACAAAACACGAAAAAAACAUUUCAGAACUAUGGCAAGAAUACCAGUCCAUGUCAAAGGAAUCACUAGACAUACAAGCUUUUGAAAACAUCUUGAAAUCACUCGCACAUGUCGCACAAAACUCGAAAAAGGGGUCAAAGCAUUGGCCUUUAUUAACACAAGCCUAUGAAGAAUUUAAGCAACUAGGGCUACGGCCAACAACAAUCAUAUGUAGGCUGACCAUGAAAGCAUACGGACAUAUGGGGAAUACAACACAAGUCAACGCAGUAUUUAAGGAAUACAAAAGACACAAUAUAGUGCGGCAAGACAUGUACAGGCAUUACAUGUCAGCUUUACUAGACACGCAAGAUUUAUCUGCUGCCUUUGCUGCAUUUAGAGAUAUUAAUACCAAUCCCAAAGUCAGUACGAAAGAAGUGUCUUUUUGUCUUGCUGAACUAGUCUCUGCCUAUUGUGCUUCCAAGAAACACAAGGAUGUGUUGGUAGCUAUGAGAGCUACAGACGAACUAUUCAGAAAAUCUUUGUUACAGGAUUGGAAUGCUCAGGCACUCGAUCAAAUCUCGACAGCACUUUACCGUGGAUACACUCGGUUUUUUAAGCUAAGGCGGAAAAAGGCGUCUUCUUUACCAGCAGAAGCGUUGUUUAAGGCAUACGUAGAAACCCUAUCUGAUACCAACAGACCUAAAGCACUUCGCCAUUCUCACCUGUUUGUCCUUUUCAAUUUGGUUUGUCAUCAAAAAGACUUUGUGCCUAGCAUAAAGACCUGCAAUUUUGUUUUGGACGUUCAGUCUCGUCAAUCUGAUCUUGAAAGUCUAAAAACAAUACUUGGGUGGAUGCAAAAGUUCAAUAUUGAACCCAAUGCAACUACUGUCUCCAUAUUCCUACGAACGUUUGGUGCUCAUUUGCCUGUCUCACAAACACAAUGUCUAUACAACAUACUAAAGCAGCAAGAUAUCGAGAAUCCCAACAACAAAAUCAAUCUGGAUGUAUGCAAGGCUUUUAUUGAAGUAUUCACAACAGGCCCAGCAGAUAUAGAGCUGGCAAAAUCCGUCGUUUCAGACCUAAAGAAACAUGGAUCUGGGUUAGAUAACAAGUCGUAUGCCAUGAUGGCACAAGGUUUUGUCAAAAGAGGAGAAGUAGAUCAGUGUCUCGAAUGGCUUCGCAAUGAAGGCUGCAAAGACUUGGACUCUUAUGCAGUUUUGAUGGAAGGGUUUUUGAGUCAAGGAAGAUGGGAUCGCUGUGUAGAGGAAUACUAUGCUUUGGCACAAGAGUUUGAAGACGCAGUUCAUAGUAAUCGUCGUGUUGUAAAGGCCCUGUUAACAGCUAAAUUUGCGCAAGACAAAAGCCAUGAUUGCCAAGUGUUAUUGAAACCGAGUUUCAAGAUGAAAUUUACACCCACUACUAUCCUUCGGAUUGUUGAAACGCUGCUUCGGCUGGAGAACAAGAACGGUCACCCAUUUGUGUCUGGAGAAUAUGUUGUCAAAUCUUUAAAGACAUUAGAAUCAAGCCUACGUGUCUAUCUGGAUGAGGAAGGUAUAGGCCGAGUCAUCAUAGGCUUGGGUAAGCGUGGUGAUUGUGAAGAUGCUUUCCAGUUGUAUAACUGGGUGCGAGAAGGUGGCCAUCAAGAGAGUCGCAAGCGAUGUGGAAGUACCGUCAUUUACCGAGCUAUGAUGUUGGCGGCCACAGAGAACAAUGAUAUGCGUAGAGUGGAAAGAGCCUGGGUUGACAUGCAAUAUAGAAAGCGAUUUUACGGCAAAUGCAACAGUAAAGAAUUACAUAGACUCGCUACUUACAAUUCACUCCUUAAUGCUUUUGCAUCUCAACUACCUCAUCCUAAUAUCACAGGCGUCAAGCGAGCGUUUAGGAGACUUAUAAAGCAAAACCUAGAGCCUGAUUCAGUGACCUAUAAUAUCCUCAUCAAGGCUUUUGUGAAUGCAAACAACAUGGAUGCUGCCAAUCAAAUUUAUAGAAAGAUGCUAUCUCAUUUAAGCACGCCACCCGAUCAAUACACUGUGAAUACGUUGCUGAAUGGCUGGAUUGCACGCAAAGAUUGGACACAAGUAGAGAGUUUUGUUCAAGAGUUAAAGCACAGUGGCAAUUUGAACAUGGUUACAUUCAACAUGCUUGUUCAGAACUUUUUACGGCUGAAUCCAAGAACCACGGCUCAUCUGCGUGUACUCAAGCAUCAAAAAAAGUGGGAUAUUGUACAAGCAUGUCAAGAAAAGAAACCUGAUAUGACAAGCAAGACUAUUUGGGACAUCUUUGAAGCCACUACAGGUUACAGCCAAUCCAUGGUAACAACCAAGAUUAAUCCCAGCUUACAAUUGACAGAAUCCAACACUUCCCUGUGCGACCAACUGUGUCAUUUGGAUCACCAAUCAGCACAACGUAUUUCAGCCAAACCAGAGGUUUCUCAGUUUGCAUUUGUCAAGCUCUUCUCAAACUCUACUGAAGCAGAUCAAGUAACUUACAAGCUUUUCAUGAAAGCCUUUAUGAACAUAGGCGAUCAGCCAUCUGCUUCUGCAAUACAUCAAUGGAUGCAGUAUCGUCUUUCAUUGUAGACAUUCUAUACCCCAAUAAAUAUUGUGUGACAGUCUUUCCACUUUUGAAAUUUUAUACUCUUGUUGUUUGUUGCUCAUCAUGACAGACCUUAUUGAUGCUAAAGAGCUUGAGCACCUAGUUAAAAUAAAAGAAGAAGAACAAGAAGAAGAGAACAGUCACUUGGAAAAAGAAUGGGAUGCAAGUAUGGAAUUAGCCCUGCUCAAUGCCAUAUCGCGUUGUAAACCAGUUGGCAUCCAUAAACACUUUCGCA